AUGAUAACGAAGGCAGUAGAAGCUAGUGGAACAGUUACUAUUACAACUGUAACCCAGCAACUAUUUCGAACAAAGAUGGAUUUUAAUGAAUGUUUCAUUCAUCCAAAGUCAUUCUCUUUAGACCCUAACAUUUAUACAGAACUUGUAGAACAUUAUACAAACGAGGCUUUAUGUUUUCCUGUUAAAGUUAUGGAUUGGAUUCCUAUGGACGGUUCAUUCUCAAAGAAUACAGAUAGUUCAAGUGCAACAUUUACAGCAGCUUAUACGCCUAUUAAUGUUAAAAGUAUUUGGGCACUAUUUAGAAAGAAAGACAACUAUUAUGUUAAUUUUGAGAACCCUAAGUUUAAAUAUCUUCAGCUUUCCAUGGGAGCUUAUGGAAAUAUGCCUGCAGAACCUGAAAAAUCAUAUGGACCUGUAUUUUAUGAAAUGGUUGCGAACGCCUGCAAUACAAACAAUGAUAUGAUAGGAUUUAAUGAAGAUGUUAUGAGGUCAUUGGUGGAUGAUGGUAGUGUGGAACAUAAAUGGGAUAGCUAUGACAACACACAUUUCUUAUGUGGUUUUCCAACAGAAGUGGACUUUUGCUUCCAGCAAGGUCAAACAUCUACUGCUCCAAUAACAUACAAAUUGUCUGUUAAAGGACCUAUUGAACUAGCAACUGAAAAUGUACCAAAGCCACUUAUUGGAUUUAUGAGGGAUUGUUGCUUUGCCAUUCAGGUGCGUGCUAAUGGCAUCCCCAUAAUAAGAUUAGAUGACUAUAACUUAGCUACAGACGACGUGAGGAAUAA